UGCCUGAGUGAGCGUCUCCAAAGUUUGACCGGCUCCUCGAUCACUCACUUCUUCUCCUGCUUCAUGUUUGUCUGUUGACCGAAACAACAAAGCAGCGAUCAGGAGCGAGCUGAGGACAGAAGAGACGCAGAGAGGAGUCUGAACUCCAGGAGAAGGAGAGGACCUGAGAGUGUGUUUUCUCUCUUCAGUCUCUGCUGGAGGAGAAACCCAUGAGACAAAGAGUAAAUCUACUCCUGCAGCUCCUCACUGCCUGAAGGACUGACUGUGCUCCAUCCUGCAGAAGGCUCAGGAGGAACAGCAUGGACUGAACCUCUCGGAUCUGCUCUCUCUCUCUCUCUCUUUUUUCUUCUUCUCGUGUUUGGAAUCAAACUAAACAACACAUGAGUGGGGUUGACGGGACGCGCGGGUUUCACACAGUCAAUCCUCUGGGAUUAUAAUAACGAGGACGAUGGAUAACUUCUUCACGGAGGGUGACCGUGUGUGGCUACGGGAGGAUGAGCAGUACCUCCCCAGCACCGUGUCCUCGUGCUCUGGAGGGGUCGUCGUCUUCGCCACGGACUUCGGACAGGUGUACACCUACAAGCAGAAUGCCCUCACCCGACAGAAGGUGCAGGCCAUGCACCACAGCAGCAUCAGAGGGGUGGAGGACAUGGCGACGCUCGAGGACCUCCACGACGGCGCCAUCAUGCACAACCUCUUCCUGCGCUACCAGCAGAGACACAUCUAUACGUACAUCGGCUCCAUCCUGGCGGCGGUGAACCCUUACCAGCUCCUCCCGGGCCUGUACGACCGGCAGGCCGUGGAGCAGUACAGCCGACACCACCUCGGUGAAAUCUCCCCGCACAUCUUCGCCGUCGCCAACGAGUGUUACCGCUCGCUGUGGAAGAGGCUGCAGAACCAGUGUGUCCUCAUCAGCGGAGAGAGCGGCGCCGGGAAAACAGAAAGCACGAAGCUGAUCCUGAAGUUCCUGUCGGCCAUGAGCCAGCACUCCCUGGAGGUGUCGUCCAGAGACAGGACGUCGCACGUGGAGGAGGCGCUGCUGGAGAGCAGUCCCAUCAUGGAGGCCUUUGGAAACGCCAAGACCGUCUACAACAACAACUCCAGCCGCUUCGGGAAGUUCGUCCAGCUGCAUUUCAGUCAGAAGGGAAACAUCCAGGGAGGCAGGAUCGUCGACUACCUCUUAGAGAAGAAUCGAGUCGUCCGGCAGAACCCAGGAGAGAGAAACUAUCACAUCUUCUACGCCCUGUUGGCGGGAACCAACAACCAGCAGAGAGAGGCGUUCGGGUUGACCCAGCCUGACAGCUACCACUACCUGAGACAGUCCAGCUGCACCGCAGACAAGACAAUCAACGACAACAGCACCUUUCACGAUGUUCUGAAUGCCAUGCGAACGAUGCAGUUCACAGAGGAGAACAUCGGGGAGAUCCUGCGCCUCCUCGCUGGGGUCCUGCACACGGGGAACAUCGAGUUCAUGACAGCCGGAGGAGCUCAAGUCUCCUCCAAAUCAGCUGCCCUCAGUCGGACGUCGGACCUCCUCGGGCUGAACUCAGAUCAGCUGGCCGAGGUCCUGACUCAUCGCUCCAUGAUCCUCAGGGGGGAGGAGAUCUCCACGCCGCUCACAGUGGAACAGGCCGUUGACUCCAGAGACUCCAUGGCCAUGGCACUUUACUCCCAGUGUUUCAACUGGAUCACCCGCAAGCUCAACAACCGCAUCAGAGGGAAAGAAGACUUCAAAUCCAUCUGCAUCCUGGACAUCUUUGGAUUUGAGAACUUCGAGGUCAACCGCUUCGAGCAGUUCAACAUCAACUAUGCAAACGAGAAGCUUCAGGAAUAUUUUAACAAGCACAUCUUCUCCCUGGAGCAACUUGAAUACAACAAGGAAGGUCUUGUUUGGGUCGACAUCAACUGGAUGGACAACGGCGAGUGUCUGGAUCUGAUCGAGAAGAAACUGGGCCUCCUGGCACUGAUGAACGAGGAGAGUCACUUCCCCAAAGCCACAGACGACACCUUACUGGAGAAACUUCACAGCCAGCACUCAAAAAACUCUUUCUAUGUGAAACCACGUGUGGCUGUGCACUACUUUGGAGUCAGGCACUAUGCAGGAGAGGUGGUGUACGACGUGAGGGGGAUGUUGGAGAAGAACAGAGACACUUUCAGGGACGACAUCCUCAACCUGCUGAGGGAGAGCAGGUUGGACUUUGUCUACGAUCUGUUUGAGCACGUAUUGAGCCGCAACAAACAGGACACGCUGAGGAGCACCUCCAAGCACAGACGGCCCACGGUCAGCUCCCAGUUCAAGGAUUCUUUGCACUCCCUGAUGGCCACACUCAGCACUUCUAACCCCUUUUUCAUUCGAUGCAUCAAACCAAAUACACACAAGAUGCCUGAUCAGUUCGACCAGACGUUGGUUCUGAACCAGCUCAGAUAUUCGGGCAUGUUGGAGACCGUGAAGAUUCGACGAACCGGCUUCCCCAUCCGCAGACCUUUCCAAGACUUCUGCACCAGGUACAAGGUGUUGAUGCGGGGCGUGAUGACCCCCGAUGACCCCAAGGGGAGCUGCGUCCAGCUGCUCUACCUGUACGACAGCAGCAGUGCGGACUGGCAGCUGGGCAAGACCAAGGUCUUCCUUCGGGAGUCUCUGGAGCACCGUCUGGAGAAGCAGAGGGAGUUGGAGGUGCUGAAAGCCGGCAUGAUCAUCCAGGCUCACGUCAUGGGCUACAUGGCGAGGAAGCAGUACAGGAAGCUGCUGCAGUGCAUUGUGGUCAUUCAAAAGAACUACCGGGCUUUCUACUGGAGGAGGAAGUUCCUGCUCCUCCGCUGGGCAGCGCUCACCUUCCAGAAACGUGUGCGAGGCCAGCUGGCUCGCCGGGCCUUCAGCCAGCUGCUGGAGGACCGGAGGAGGAGGAUGGAGGAGGAGGAGCGCCGCAGGAGGAAGGAGGAAGAGGAGAUGGAGAGAGAGAGACAGAGACUGGAGGCUGAGAGACUCGCUGCAGAGGCUGAGGAGGCCAGACGUCUGCAGGAGCUUCACCGCUCUGAAGAGUUGGCAUCUCUCGCUCUGCCUCCGCCUCCGGCUCCAGUAGAAGCUGUAACAUCCCCGGGCUCGAUGGAGGAGGAGGUGGAGUUACCCGAGCCUCUCCAGGAGGCGUCUGAAGAAGAGGAGGAGGCAGUCCGACCUCAGGACGCGACUCAGGUGGAGGAGAUCCUGAGACUGGAGCGGGAGAUCCAGGUGCUGCAGAGGCAGAAGGAGCGUCAGGAGCUCUCUCUGACCGAAGCCUCCCUCAACCGGCUGCAGCUCCUCCGCGACCAGGAGCUCCGGCGCCUGGAGGACGAGGCCUGCAAGGCGGCGCAGCAGUUCCUGGAGUCGCUGAACUUUGACGAGAUCGACGAGUGCGUGAGGAACAUCGAGAGCUCGUUGGGAGUGGGCGAGGAGGAGGAGGAGGAGGAGGCGGAGAAAGAUGUCGGGAGGCGGCGAGGGAAUGACGAGGAGGAGGUGGACGAAGGCUUCGGCGCUGACGAUGAGGCCUUCAAAGACUCGCCGAACCCCAGUGAACACGGCCACUCAGACGGGCAGAGGACGAGCGGGAUCCGAACGAGCGACGACUCGUCUGAAGAAGACCCGUACGCCAACGACGGCGUGGCCCCUCCCCUCCCCCCAACCACCAACGUGCUGCACCAGUCGCUGCCUUUACCACCGGCGCCCGCCGCCUGCCAUAGCGCCUCCUCCAGCGCGGACUCGGCCUUCUGCCACCCUCAGGCUUCAUCCGAGGCUCAGUCUGACGACCUGGUGGAGCUGAUACCGCCCGACGAAGACUCAGACUACGACCAGGACGACUACGACGAGGGCGCCAUCGUCUCCAGUGGCAGCGUGGCGUUCUCCAACUCCCGCAGCGGCCAGUGGUCGCCUGACUACAGAGGCUCUGUGGGAACCUACAACAGCUCGGGGGCCUACCGCUUCAGCUCGGAGGGGGCGCAGUCAUCGUUUGAGGACAGCGAGGACGACUUUGACAGAUUUGACACCGAUGACGAGCUGUCGUAUCGCCGGGACUCCGUCUACAGCUGCGUCACUCUCCCGUACUUCCACAGCUUCCUCUACAUCAAAGGCGGCCUGAUCAACACGUGGAAGCGUCGCUGGUGCGUCUUGAAAGACGAGACCUUUCUGUGGUUCCGGGCCAAGCAGGAGGCUCUGAAGCAGGGCUGGCUGCACAAGAAGGGAGGGGGCUCGUCCACGCUGUCCCGCCGCAACUGGAAGCGCCGCUGGUUCGUGCUGCGGCAGAGCAAGCUCAUGUAUUUUGAGAACGACGGCGAGGAUAAGAUGAAGGGCGUUCUGGACAUGCACAACGCAAAAGAAAUCAUUGAUAACACCGGUAAGGAGAAUGGGAUCGACAUCGUGAUGCAAGAGAGGACUUACCAUCUGAUCGCAGAGACCGCCGAGGACGCCAGUCAGUGGUUCAGCGUGCUGAGUCAGGUCCACGGCUCUACAGAACAGGAGAUCAGAGAGAUGCACGAUGAGCAGGCAAACCCGCAGAACGCUGUGGGAACAUUGGACGUUGGGAUGAUCGAUUCGGUUUGUGCGUCUGAUAAUCCGGAGAGACCGAACUCUUUUGUCAUAAUCACGGCCAACCGCGUGCUGCACUGCAACGCCGACACGCCCGAGGAGAUGCACCACUGGAUCACUCUGCUGCAGCGCUCCAAAGGAGACACGCGAGUCGACGGACAGGAGUUCAUCAUCCGAGGCUGGUUGCACAAAGAGAUGAAGAACAGCACCAAGGCCUCUCUGAAGCUGAAGAAGCGCUGGUUUCUGCUUACCCACAAUUCCCUGGACUACUACAAGAGCUCCGAGCGGAACGCCUUGAAGCUGGGAACGCUGGUGCUGAACAGCCUCUGCUCGGUAGUUCAGCCGGACGAGAAGGUCUUCAAAGAGACCGGAUACUGGAACGUGAUCGUGUACGGACGUAAACACUCCUACCGCCUGUACUGCAAGCUGCUGAACGAGGCCACACGCUGGGCCAACUCCAUCCAGAACGUCAUCGACUCCAAAGCUCCCAUCGACACACCCACGCAGCAGCUCGUCCAGGACAUCAAGGAGAACUGUCUGAACUCAGAGGUUGUGGAGCAGAUCUACAAGAGGAACCCCAUACUGCGCUACAGCCACCACCCGCUGCACACGCCGCUGCUGCCACUGCCCUACGGAGACAUCCACCUCACCGCUCCGAGGAACAUAAGCUACACCACUCUGCAGCACGAAGCCCUCAAAGUGUUCGGCUCUCUGCAGCACCUGGAGGGCGUGGCCGACCCGGUGCCAAUCAUCCAGGGCAUCCUGCAGACGGGCCAGGAGCUCAAACCCCUGAGGGACGAGCUCUUCUGCCAGCUGAUCAAGCAGACGACCCGGCCGCCGCAGCCGAGCGGGCCGGGAAAUCUCUGCAGCUGGAAGAUCCUGGCCAGCAUGUCCUGCACCUUCAUCCCCACCAGGAGCAUUCUCCGAUAUCUCAAGUUCCACCUGAAGAGAACCCGGGAGCUCUACCCCGGUUCAGAGAUGGAACGUUACGCCGCAUUCGCCCUCGACUCCCUGAGGAAGACUCGAGCCAGGGAGAACGUCCCGUCGCAAGAGGAGAUCCGCUCCAUCGUGGCCCGGCAGGACAUGAGCACCACUGUUCACUGUCACGGAGGAGGAUCCUGCAAGAUCACCAUCAACUCCCACACAACAGCUGGAGAGGUGGUAGAGAAGCUGAUCCGAGGUCUGGCAAUGGAGGACAGCAGGAACAUGUUCGCUUUGUUCGAACACAACGACGACACAGAGAAAGCCAUCGAGAGCCGCAUGGUGGUGGCUGACGUGCUCGCCAAGUUUGAGAAGCUUUCAGGAAGUCCAGACGAGCACAGCACCGGCUGGAAGUUUUACUUUAAGCUCUACUGUUUCUUGGACACGGACGAUGUUCCCAAAGACAGUGUGGAGUUCGCCUUCAUGUUCGAGCAGGCUCAUGAAGCCGUCAUUAAAGGUCAGUAUCCGGCCCCCGAGGAGACUCUUCAGUUCCUCGCCGCCCUGAGACUCCAGUACCUGCUGAGCGAUCACGGCUCCCAGGCCAGUGUCCCCGAGAUGUCCCAGGUGUUCCCCAUGGCGCGGUUGCGGGCCCGGGUGCAGAACUCGGCCAAGACGUUCGCUCCGGGCGCCGGCUCGGUGGCUGAGCGCUCGGGCACGUCCGAGAGGAAACGCUCGAGCUUCCUGGAGGGGACGCUGAGGCGGAGCUUCAGGAGCGGCUCGCUGAGUCGGCAGAAGCAGCUGGAGGAGGAGAACUCUCUGGAGGCGUGGAUGAGGGAGGAGGCGGCGGCGGUGAAGACCAGCGUCAUGGACAAGUGGAAGAAACUGCAGGGGAUGAACCAGGAGCAAGCCAUGGUCAAGUACAUGACUCUGGUGAAGGAGUGGCAGGGAUACGGAUCCACGCUGUUCAACGUGGAGUGUCGGGACGGAGCGUUCCCCUCCGAGCUGUGGCUGGGCGUGAGCAGGGAGGCCAUAUCGGUGUACAAACGAGGGGAGCCGUGGCCCCUGGAGGUUUUCCCCUACGAGCAGAUUCUGUCCUUCGGAGCCCCGCUGCCCAACUCCUACAAGAUCGCCGUGGAGGGCCGAGAGCUCGUCUUUGAAACGCAAAUGGUCAUGGACAUCGCCAAGCUGAUGAAGGCCUACAUCAGCAUGAUCGUCAAGAAACGCUACAGCAACUGUCAGUCCGUCAGCAGCCACGGCAGCCAGUGUAGCGCCUGGUGAACUCACAGGAGUGUCCCAGAGGGUCGAGUGCACCCGCCCACCCGCCAGUCCUCGCCGCUCUGGAGCUUUGACUUUUGAUAUUUCAGACUGACUAUAUGAAUGCUGGAGACAAACCCGCGAUGCUCUUAAUUUGAACUUGCUCUAUAUAUUUUUUUAUUAUGGAGGGGUUUUAUUCCAAAACACUAAACAUCCACACAGGAGGGAUCGGAAACCAUGAACUGGCGUGCACUCAUUUGGAGCUGGAAGGAUGUGCUUUGGGAACGUUUCUUCAGCCUCAAAGGAGAAACGUCCCCGCUGUAAUGGAAGACAGUUUAUGGACAAAGCUGUGUCCAAAACUACUGGACGCUGAUGGCCACAGAUGUUUGAUGUGGAGGUCUUCAGGGGGGGGUACCCAGACUCUAGGACCUGACCAGGUACCUGUACCUGAGAGAAACUCAGUAGGCUGUUAUAGAACCAGAUGACAAGAGUUCAACUGGGGGGAGGGGGGACGACUUGAUGAAGCUGAUUCAGCAAGUUUUAAAAGUAAAAGAGUGCUACUUUCUUUACUAAUUAGAAAAAGAAGCUCAAGAAAAUUGACAACUGACCAAACCAGGAACUUUGUAUAAAUAUGGACGACGCCUCCCGUUGUAUGAAACACCACUGCGCCUUUAAAUGUCUCAUUUCCCUGAAAAA